UUAGUGAUAAAGAUUAAAAAAAAGUUUUUACAAGUAUGGAGAUCCAUACUAAAACAAAAACAGUAAAUAAUAUUAAUAUACCAGAACAAUUCCUGAAAUUAUAUCCACACGAUGCAUGUUUAUAUGAAAAUCGUCCCGAAGGUGAACUGAACUUAAUAGAAAUUGAAAAACUAACUGAAGAAAGAUUAGAAGUAUUAAUGAUUAUAAAAGGUGCGAAUGAUAAAGGAUUUGCGUACACUUCAGACGAAUGGAAAAAGUAUAUAUUGGAAAUGUUAACGAAUGGUAACCAUGUAGAUUAUGUUCGAUUGUUGUAUCAUCCCGAUUUUAAAUUAACGAACGAGGAUAUUCGAAGACGUCGUAAGGAUGUGCUAUCACAUUAUAUAUUAGUGCUUGCAUUUUGUCAAGAGGAGGAAAAACGCAGUUGGUUCACACAAUUGGAAGUCGAUAUGUUUCGUUUAAAAUUUCUUCAUUUAACCGAUACUGGUAUAAAAGAAUUUAUUAAAAUUAAUGGUAUUGGAUUAACUAUUAUUUCUAAGGAUGAUAAGAAUAAAUAUCGUGAAGAUCUAUUAAAUUGUACACCUCGAUUAAAUGCAAGCAAUUUUGAUAGUACUGAUUUCUAUAAAGUUCCUUUUAAGUCGGCACCGGAAUUGUUACAUGAUUUAAGUUGUUUUGUUCGGCGAGGUUUUAUGUAUGUGCCUCAUUUUGAUGCGAUACGUAUAUUAGAAAAUGUUUUUAAAGAACAUUUAACAAGUCGUUUAUUGUAUUUUAGCGAAGCACUUAAAUUGUAUUGCGAUUCACGUUUAGCCCCAAUAAUUAAACGUAUGAGUAAUAGCAGUUCAAAAAUUACAGAAUAUAAUCCUGUAGUUAAUGCUGGCUCAGUUAGUUUAACAUCAUUGGAUAGUCUUUCACAAACUUCAUUUCCGUUAUGUACGAGAAAUUUAUACGAAGCGUUACAACGAUUUCAUCAUCUCAAAUAUAAUGGCCGUCAGUUACUUCAAUUGUUUUUGAAGGGUAUUGGUUUAUCUGUACAAGAUGCUUUGGAAUUUUUCAGGAGUGAAUUUACUAAAGUUAUUGAUAGUAAUAAAUUUGAUAAAGAAUAUACGUACAGUAUUCGCCAUAAUUAUGGUUUAGAAGGUAGUAAAAUUGAUUAUAAUCCACCAAGUUGUAUUAAUGUAAUGAAUACUAGUCCACCAAAUCAAGGAGAAUAUCAUGGAUGUCCGUUUAGACUAUGGGAUGCUCCAAUGUUAAAAAAAAGAUUAGCUGGAUUGGGUAUCAGUAACCAAGGUGUAAUUGAAAUAACCGAUUUAGCAAAAGCCGGACAUGCACAAAUUGCAUGUAGUAAAUUUUUUGAGCAUACACAUGGUGGAACACAAGCCGCAAUUAACCAUCCAAAUCAGUUCUUCGAAGAAAGUCGAAAAUACUAUUUAUCAAAGGAGCAACAAUCACAACCUGGCACCUCAAAAUAAAUACAAAAGAGUUCAAAGAUUAUUGAAUAAACUUCUAAAUAAAAAAUAAAACAACUUAAUUCAGAAUAAAUUCAGAAUUUUAAACAUUUAAUUUUUUCAAAUCAAAUCUUCAUAAUGAAUUUAGAAUAAAUACCAAAAGAUUUCCAAUAGUUUUUAAUUUU